GAGCUGCCAGAGGGAGACGGCGGCGGGUCACGACGUGGGGUGACAAGCGAUGAAGCCGCCUAGUUCAUUGCAAACAAGUGAGUUUGACUCAUCAGAUGAAGAGCCUGUUGAAGAUGAUCAUACUCCAAUUCAGAUAUCAUGGCUACCCCUGUCAAGAGUGAAUUGUUCUCAGUUUCUUGGUUUAUGUGCUCUCCCAGGUUGUAAAUUUAAAGAUGUUAGAAGAAAUAUCCAAAAAGAUACAGAAGAACUAAAGAGCUAUGGUAUACAAGACAUAUUUGUUUUCUGCACCAGAGGAGAACUGUCAAAAUAUAGGGUUCCCAAUCUUUUGGGCUUCUACCAGCAGUAUGGAAUUACCACUCAUCACCAUCCAAUCCGAGAUGGCGGGACUCCUGACAUAGCCAGCUGCUGUGAAAUAAUGGAGGAGCUUGCAAUCUGCCUUAAAAAUAACCGGAAAACCUUAAUACACUGUUAUGGAGGACUUGGAAGAUCUUGUCUUGUAGCUGCUUGUCUGCUGCUAUACCUAUCUGACACAGUAUCACCACAGCAAGCCAUAGACAGCCUAAGGAACGUAAGAGGAUCUGGGGCAAUACAGACCAUAAAGCAAUAUAAUUAUCUCCAUGAGUUCCGUGACAAACUAACUGCACAUCUAUCAUCAAGAGAUUCACUAUCAAGAUCUGUAUCUAGAUAAAGAAGCAUUUCAAAUACCAUAUAAAUGACCAUGUCUGAAAUUUAAGAGCUUUCUAACAUAAUAUGUAUUGUAAUGAAACUACAGUAUUAUCAACUUGAAUGUAAAUGUGUAUGUGCAGAUAUUCCUAAAGCUUUUAUUGGCAAAUUUCAUUGUGUGUUUCAUGUCUUAUAGGGGAGGGGACAGAAAAACUGCUAAAAAUUUUCUUUUAAAUGUACUGGCUGCUGUGAUAUAUUUUACUUGGGAUUAUGCCGAAAGAAGCAUAUGGAAAAAUAUUUGACUGCAUAUUUUUAUUUACCACACUUUUACCUCAUUUUACUAUUUGUAACUAUUGGGUGGUAUAUGACAAAGUAAUAAGCAUGAAAAUUGGUAUGGGUACCCAAUUAGUCAUCUGGACUGUACACAAGGAUCACUCAGCGAGUCAAAGCCACUUCCGUCUAGCAGCCUCAUAUAGUGUCAAUGACGCACACAGAGGUCCCAUGGUUCUCUUGGCUAUCACUAAUCACAAAUGCGAACCAAUGGUCAUUUGACAACUACCACCAUUUUAUAGCUUCAUAGGCACUGCCAUACAAGAAAAAAUAAACUUCACCAAAAUCAAAACUUAGUUUUUAAAUAAUCAUAGAAAAACUAAAAUUCUUAUUUUGUUUCACACUCCUGUUGCUUCCAAAGAACUACUUUAAUUUCAUUAGGGAGUUCUCUAACGUCAAAACCAGAGAGCAGGUACUAUACUGUAACAUAAAAUCAAUUAUUUUAGCACUUAUGUACAUACACUGCUCCUAGAACUUAUGACUUUAUGAGAAUACUAUGGAAAAUGGGAGAAUCACAUGUCCCACCAGCAUCUAAAUGUUUAACCUUAAGUUUUCUUAUCUCAGAUAAAUGCCAAGUAAUGGCAAGAAAGUUAUUUUAUUAAAAUUACAGGCUGCAAUAAUACAUUUACCUUAUGAUUUUGGUGUUACAACUAAAUACAGUUUAAAAUCACAUUUUAUUAAACUUUAGGCAGUCCAUUGAACUUGACAUUAGCAAAUCUUACAUUAGCUUUUACCUCAUAUAAGUAUAUAUCCUAUCCACUAAUAUUCAGGAAAAUGGAGAGAAAAUAAUGGCAUGGAUUAAUCAAAUCCUUUAAUAUUAAGUAUAAGAUAAACAUCAGUUAUUCUGUAACAGAGGAACAUGGGAUGCUCACUACUCAAAUAUAAUUGCCCAGUCAAGCUUAAUAACAUGUAAUUCCAACAUUCUAGAAAAAAUAUUUUCACUGCUGAAACUGUGUGACAUCCCCCAGAACAAAGGGAGCAGAGACGAUCCAGAGUCCUCAUCAUACACAAGCCAGAGUUAGCUGCGUUUGAAAUUGAAUUAACAUAGACUCAACCAUUAUCCAUAAACUACACAAGGAAACAUUUGAGACAGUUUUUAUUAAAUAUACAAAAGCAAAAUAAAUCAAGCAAGCUCUUAGGAGUAUGGUAAGACUAUUUAAGGGCAUUUUCUUUGGAUGGUGAUACAGCACCACUAAAAGUUAACUUAGAUUUUAACAAACCAUGAGCACAGAUAGCUAACUACAUCCUGUGUUUCUCUGGGUAGUUUUAAGAUCUACCUUGUCCUCAAUCUAUUUAAGAAGUUUUUCUUCUCCAGAAUAUAUGAAUAUGGUAGCCAAGGAAAUUUAAAUAUUUAGAAAAAGCAUUGUACAAUAAAAACUAACUUCAAUAUGAAAGGUGCAAUUCGUUCUUUUUUCCUGUCAUG